AUAAACGAAAGCAGGAAAAUGGCAUAUUACUUACCGCAACAGCCAUUUUACAACCCACAAGUCCCUUUUACUGGCUCAAUCCAAGGAGGCUUGAUGGAUGGCAAGAGUAUCACUGUAAGUGGACGAGUUUUACCAGGAGCCAACAGGUUCCAUGUGAAUCUCCAGUGUGGUUCCAGACCGGAUGCUAAUGUUGCCCUGCACUUCAACCCACGUUAUGACCACAGUUCAGGAUACAUAGUGACCAACACCAAGCAGAAUAACUGCUGGGGUACGGAGGAACGCAUAUACCAGGCCCUGUUCCCCAUGGGAAGCCCCUUCAACCUGCUGAUCCUGGUUACAAGCCACUCAUACAAGAUCAGUGUCAAUGGCAUCCAUAUCAUGGAUUACAAGCACCGUAUCCCAUUCAACAUGGUGGACACUAUCACAGUGGAUGGGAUGGUGCAGGUUAAUAGCAUCGGUUUUCAGGAGCCUGUGGGUAUUGUACCUGUCCACGCUGGAUUCCAGCCACAGUUUGCUUAUGCUCCUGGAUAUGGCGUGCCUGCAGUUCCUGCUCCAGCAAGCUAUAGUGUGCCAUACAAAGCCAUCAUCAAUGGUGGAUUAUAUCCAGGCAAAAACAUUUCCAUCCAAGGUGUAGUUUAUCCUCAUGCUUCCAGAUUUUCCAUUAACCUGCGUCACAGAAAUGGGAUUGCCUUUCAUUACAAUCCUCGUUUUGAUGAGAACUUGGUUGUGCGCAAUACCCAAACAGUGGAGAACUGGGGCUCAGAGGAGCGCUCUGGAGGCAUGCCAUUUCAAAAGGGACAAAACUUCCAGAUCAUCAUUUCCUGCAAUCCCCAUCAUUACAACGUGUUUGUCAAUGGGAAUCAAGUGCAUACCUACGACCACCGCUUCACCAGGCUGAAUGAGAUUGAUGUUCUGGAGCUGUCUGGUGAUCUAAACUUGACUGCUGUAAAUGUUUAACUGGAUAUUUACCAAAUCACAGUCUACAGUUACAGUUUUUUAAUAAACCAACCAGUCAGUAAAGCCUGUGAACUGCUUUGGAAAAAGCAAAUAAAUAUGACAAUGUUAAUCUUACAUAUUUAAUCUUGUUAAAUACAACAAAUAUAAUCUUUUUAUUACAAAUAUAUGAACAUAAAGAAUGAACUGUAAUAAUUCAAAUAAACCACUUUUUUACU